ACUCGCUUAGUGAAAACAGAGCACGUUUUUUUAGUGUAAUACACAAUGUGUAUCCCGCCCAGUCAGUCCAUACAGGAAGUGACAGUGUUUAGUUUGACUAUAAAAGAGGCCCGGUAACUGAGCCAGAGAGAAAAGGUGCUGCUCCUCUUGGAUACAAGGUUCAUCUGAACGCAGGUCAAAAUGAAGAGCGUGGUUGGAUAUUGUGGGUUCGUCUUGUCACUUCUCUUGAUCUGCACAGGACAAGCUCAGAAACUGCAGAAAGUGGUUUCUCCUCAAGGAACAGACUGCUCACAGAUUAAGACUCUCAACCCAGAAGCACCUAGUGGGGUUUAUUCCAUUCAGCCAGCUGGAGUCAAGAUUACGUUCAAGGUGUACUGUGAGAUGCUUCCAGAUGGAGGAUGGACCGUGUUUCAGAAACGCAGCGGACCCACUGUCUCAUUCAACAGAAAAUGGGCAGAGUAUAAAAAUGGAUUUGGAACCCUGACACAGGACCACUGGCUUGGUCUGAAGAAGGUUUUCUUACUCACCAAGAACAAGUCUAAGAAGUGGACCUUGAGAGUGGACCUGUGGGACCACGAGGGUGGCAGUGCUUACGCUGAGUACAAGAGCUUUAGACUGGGGAAUGAGAAAUCAGCUUUCAGAUUGAACGUUGGGACAUAUAGCGGAAAUGCAGGUGACGCUAUCCGUGGUGCGUAUGAAGGCAUUGACCAGAACGGCUAUGGCUUCAGCACCAUCGACCGUGACAACGACGGCUGCUCCCCAUGCAUCUUCGGGGACAUUGCUGAAAACAAGUGUGCUUUUUCGGAGGGCGGCGGUUGGUGGUACAGCAAGUGCGGCUCUGCCAGUCUAAACGGAGAAUGGCAUCCUACUGGUGACCACAUCGGUUGGGCUUCAGGCCUCCACUGGCUCACCUGGAAACCUCCUGCACCUUACUCGGCCAAGGCCUCCAGAAUGAUGAUCAAAUCUGAGUGAGAGGUGCCUACACUGGUCACCCUGAUUAUUCCGCACCUGAAUGAUAUGUCUGACUUUGGAAAAGGUUUAAUCUUUUAAAAUAUGUUAUCGCCUCAGUAAAAGAGAGUUGAGAUGAAGAUGCAAAACAUGAAGGCUACUUCAUCAUAUAUUUCUGUGUCACUUUGCUAAGGACUUUGCUGGAUUCAGAUAUAUCAAAGUUUACAUAUAGUAGUGCAACGUUUGUAGUAUGGUUUCUAACAUCUUACCACAAACAGCUUUCAAAAUUCUUUACCUGAGCAUAUGAAACAUAUUCAUUAAAAGAUUUUUUGC